CCGAUGUUCGUCUCCAUGGGAACCAGAAAAAUAGUAUUGCUAUUCAUUGUAUACUUAACCUUAAACAUCUUAUACGAAAAGAGUGACAAAUAUCGGAGAAAUUCGUGAAAGAUACACAUAAUUUGCCAUGAUUAGGAUAUCAAUUUUUAUGUUAUUUUUGAUAAACUUUUACACCACACUUUGCCAGGAUGUUGAGAUUGAUGCAAAUGGCUACAUUGUUUACUGUCCCUGCAUGGGCCGCUUUGGUAACCAGGCAGAUCAUUUUCUAGGAGUCCUCGGAUUCGCCCAGGCUUUGAAUCGUACUCUAGUAUUACCGCCAUGGGUUGAAUAUCGCACUGGAGAGACAAGAUCUGUGCAAGUACCAUUCAAUACUUAUUUCAAUAUUUCUCAAGUACAAAGUUGCCACAAAGCAAUAUUAAUGGAAGAUUUUAUGAAAGAUAUUGCGCCGAAGAUAUGGCCAUCUGAAAAAAGAACAUCUUUUUGUUAUGAAGCUCGUGUAGGUAGCAACGGAACAUCUUGCAAUGCGAAACAAGGGAAUCCAUUUGGUCCCUUCUGGGACACAUAUAAUAUAGAUUUCGUUAAAUCAGAAUUUUACAAACCACUCCAUUAUCAUGACGUAUAUUAUACCCAGACGAAACAACAGUGGAAUCAGUAUUAUCCAGCUGAAACUUGGCCAGUAUUGGCAUUCACGGGUGCACCCGCCAGUUUCCCAGUCCAACCUGUGAACAAGCCUCUGCAGAAAUGUCUCAAUUGGAAUAACGAUAUCUUGAAUAAAGCGAAGGCGUUUAUAAAGAAAACAUUGCCGAGGGGCGCGUUUGUUGGCAUACAUUUGCGAAAUGGGAUCGAUUGGGAACGCGCCUGUGAACAUAUACCAUCUGCGCCGGAUCUUUUUGCUGCUCCUCAGUGUCUCGGUUAUCAAAACGAACGUGGCAAAGCAACCCUCUCGAUGUGCUUACCAUCGUUUGAUGUAAUAAUAAUUCAGCUGAAGCGUGUUAUUCGCAACGGCAAAGAUAUCAAAUCUGUGUUUGUAGCGUCUGACAAUGAUUACAUGUUGGAUAGACUUGGAGAAGCUUUGUCGCGAAUGGAGAUAUCUGUGUUCCGACAAAGACCACCAGUAUCCUCGCAUUUGGAUCUGGCCAUUCUCGGAAGAUCCAAUUACUUCAUAGGAAAUUGCAUUUCUUCUUUCACCGCUUUUGUGGCCAGAGAAAGAGAGGUCAGAGGAUAUCCUACAUUUUUCUGGGGUUACCCUCCCAAAACCAGAAUAGAACUGUGA